AGGGAUAACAUAAUUAUGUGGUGUGAAACCUUUUUUAGGUUUACACAAUAUUCGGGACUUGAAAAAUUGAAAAAUGAUGAAAAGCUAAGUCCUGGGACUUGUUUACUAUUACAAGUACUAAAUUUUGAUUUAAACAUCUUUAUAAUAAUUCAAAUAACGAGCUUAAAAAUGAAUUAUAUCUCGAACGCUCUGAAAAGGAUGCUUUCAACGCCGAUUUUCAACCCGGCAAAUACUUACCACACGCUUAACCGGGUCCCCAUAGUUGGGAACCUUGUUGCGCCGCAGAUCACCUCGACAAUACUCACGAGGGGAUUCAAAGUCAAGCAUGUGCUGAGGAAGCGUUGCAAAGACUGCUACAUUGUUGUUAGGAACGAAAGGGGCUACGUCCUAUGCCCGACACACAGGAGGCACAAACAGAUGUCAAUGGUGAAAAAGCCGAGGUACACAUGGAUCCUGACGCAUGCGACACAGAGCAAAAUAAGGCCUUAUUGAAUAUUGUCUUAUUUUUGUGUAGUUGUAAGUAAUAUAAGUCAAAUAAACCCAAUACGUUUUGUUUUGAACUAAA